CUAAUAUAAAUUAUACAAAACAUACAAUUAUUAAUCCGCUUUACUAAAUUAUAUGCUCAAAAUCAGUCAAAUAUUUUACACGUCUGUAUUUAAAAUAUAAAGGGAUUCUUUUUUAAGAUUUUGAGAUUAUUUUUGAUAAGUUUUACAAUGAUCAUUGGUCAAUGAUGCAUGUUUUCUUUCUAUAGGAAGAACUAUAGUUGUAAAUCAUCCAAUUACCCAUAGACAUUUCAAAUUUUUUUCGAUAUUGUUAUAUUUACUGUUAUCUAGUCAGGCUAGUCAGCGCAUAAUCGGUGUUCAGAUAUAAUUCUAAAUUGAUACCCACUUUUGUGAAUAGUAAAUCUUUUUUGUGUGAUUACUAAUCUUUUAAAUGAAAUCGGGUCGAUGACUAAUAUGACCUAAAAUUUGUAAAAAAAUGGCCUAAAUAUCAUCAUAGGGAACUAAACAACAAUAUAUAAAAAUUUAAGUAUUUCAAAAUAUAUUAUUAAUAAGCUUAAAAUUAUAUGAAAUAGAGUUUAAAAUUUAAAUGAAAGCUCACUAAAAUAUUAGCGUGAGUCAAAAUAUUUGGUGAAUAAUAGCCUUGUACAAAGAUAAUAAUUGAUAUUUUGUUCGUGAUAGGAGUGUUAAUAUUUUUUAAAUAUCUGCAAGAUUUAACAUUUUAAAUUAAAAUUUUGAUGUAAUAAUUUUGUUAAUAAAAUAUUAUGUAUAAUGUAUGAUAAACAUAUUAGCUGUUUAAGCUUAAACAUGUAUCAUAUUGUCCGAGAUCUGAAUUGAAUACUCAUUUAAAGUGUUGUAUAACUAAUAAAUUACAUGUAAAUAAAAACAUGUCAUUUGGUUAUUGAGUUUUUUGUAUAAAAAUAAAUUAUAAUUGAAUAAAUUAUUUUGGAUACGAUAUUUUUAACAAAAUAAACCACAACAUAUUAAUUGAAAAAUUAAAAAAAUGAUGAUAUUAAUAAACCUCUAUUAUCUUUAUUUAAUUAUCCCUUAAAAAAAAAAUUGAUUAGCGACCUAAAUUAUUUAAUUAAUAUUAUCACCUAAUUUAUCACCUACUUUAUUUCUUAUAUUUUUAUAAACGAUGUAUCCUUACUCCUCAGCUAUAAAAAUUUCAAAUUUAUUACUAUUUGCUGAUGACGCAACAAUUUUAAAAUAAGGGCUAAAGGUAAUAGGCUGGUAUAAUAAACUAAUACUCAUAGUGGUUGCUGACGUUUAUUAUUGGAUCGCCAAUUAAAAUUAAUUGAUGUAUUUAUUUACAGUACAAUAUACAGAUUUAAAAAUUUUUAAAGAAAAAUACAAUGAAGAAAUUCUCCAAUUCUGCAAAAAAAAUAAUAUAAAGGACACUAAUGAAGAGGACAUUAUGUCGGCUAGUCUAUUAUAUUUCAAGGAGAGUUUUGAAGAAUUCAUUAUGUAUGUCGAUGAUUUAUUUGAUCAUUCAGUUGAAUAUAUUUAUUAUUUAUUGUUAUUAAAGGAUGAUACUAAGGAUAAUGAAUUCAAAACAAAUUUAAAACAAUUUAUAAAUAUAUUUCAAGAAUAUAAAAUUGUUUUUGCAAGUAUAACUUUUUUUUCUCUACCUAAGGAUAUCGAAGAAGAAUAUUUUUCAAGGAAUUUUCGAAAUUUUUAUGCAAUGUCCGUGGUGGAGGAUUUUGAUUUUCAAGAUAUUAAAGUAAAUGAAUUUAUCAAACAAGUUUCAGUAGUUAAAUCAGAAUUUGAUAAAGUUCAAGAAGCGAAAAAAAAACUCACUUGGAUAAAACUACCAGAAAAAGAGUAUACACAGUUUGUAGUGCAUUAUAUUAAAGAGUUAAAUGAAUUGAAUUCAACUUUGUUUCCUGAGACGGAAAUUAAAAUUGGCGAUAUUAAUUAUAAUGAAGAAAGUACUGAAAGAAAAAUCGCUGUUGAUCAAUAUAUAAAAAGUAAAACCCUUAAUUUUGAAAAAAAAUGGAGAAUUGCUGAUAAACAAUAUCAUAAUCUAAUUGUUUACUACUUAAUCCAUGAUAAAAUUCUAAGCAGUGAUAUAAAUCUUGAUGAUGAAGUGUUCAUUUCGGAUAAUGGAGUUAAACAAACUAUAAUUACGGCGUUUUUAAAGUAUUUCAAAGAAAGUUUGGAUAAUUAUUUUAAAUUAAGUGUUUAUUUUGGUAUUGAUGAGAUCACAGAUGAAAAUAAUAAGAAAUUAUUCUAUACACGGAUGUUAAGGACUAUGUUGAGCAUCUACAACGCGUACAUAGGGGAUAUCAAAGCAAAAAUAAAUGUACGCGGUUUUGUUGAAUUAAUGAUCAAUAGAGCAGAGGCCAUACUGGAAUCAAACAAAAAUAAAAAUAUUACUGUUAUACCACUGUCACGACUGAAAAACGAAAGAAAAAAAGAAAUUACUGUUGAAAAUUAUGUGGCUGAAUAUAAUAAAAUCACAGACAUGCCAGAGAAAGCUGAUUGGAAAAGUAUUUUAAAGCACCUUAUAAUUAAUAGAUUAAGGGUAAAUGAAAAAAUGAAAAAUAUUGAAAAGGAGUAAAUGUAAGAUUAAAAAGUUAAAAAAUCGGUGACUAAACAUCAGACGAAAAGUACGAUUUAAAAAGAUACACCUCAACAUAUUUAAUAAUUAUAAUUAAAUAUAAUUUUUAUGGUAUUUUUGUAUACUCAUUAAUAUGUAUCUUUAAAAUUAUUAAAAUUUUACUAGCUGCAAUAACAUAAAAUGAUAUGAUUUAAAGUUUAAUCCUAUCAAACAAAAUAUAAAUGUUUAAUAAUAAUCAUUGUCAUAGUAUAAGAUUAUAAAUUAUUAUUAGAUUGCAAUUAAUAAAUUAUAUUAUAUUUUAUUCAUACA